AUGGAUCUUGGGCCACAAGUUCGAUAUCCAUGUGGAAGACCUCAGCCUCGUCGAGGUGAAGGCAGACGAGGUGGGGGUGGAGGUGGAGAUGGACGUCCAGAGAGGAACAGAGAUCCAGUGCACCGUCCCAAGCGUGAUCUGUCAUCAAAUGCAGAUGCAAAAUUCAAUAAGAGAAUGAGGAUUUCUCCUUCACUUGAUGCUUCGCCUAUCAGUAGCGAUUCGUCGCUUUCGCCCGAACGUAGCCCUCGGAAGGACGUGCCAACACCCAGUGGGAGUAAAAAUGGGGACAAGACAGGUGGCGGCAAAAAGCCGCUGGCAGGUGGAAGUGCAAUGGGGAACGUGACGGACCCCUGGGCGCGCAAGAAGAAGCCUACAUCUGCCAUGAACAAAGAAAGUAGUGGGAAGCGAGGAAGAAGGUCAUCCAGCAAUAGCUCAAGUAGUUCAGCAAAUAGCCGCGAAGAGCUAAGACAUGCCCCACCUACAUCUGGUAUUCCUCGACGGUCUCAUAGUCCUUUUCCUAAUAAGAAUGAAAGAAGGCUCUCACCACCAAGAGGUGACAUCACUGGAUUUCGCAUUCCAAAGAAACAUCGAUCAACAGACAGUCGUGGGCGCCCACCUAGUGACGCGCGUCCAAGCAGUGAAAACAAGGGUAAAACAGCAGAUUGUGCGUUUGGAAAAAAACAUUUUAAAGAGGCUAAAAAUGAUGAACAUGAUCGUAUUUCUGAUGACGAUGCAGUUGUAGACGGAAUUGACAGUCAUGGUGCAGAAAAUAUUAGUGAUGUGAGAUACUCAUUUAUUAUUUUUUAGUG